GAUUGUUCAAAGUCGCUUAAUGCCUUUUCUGAUGGUAUCGGAGAUCAAGGAACGAGCAGCUCAAAAGUUAUUAACGAGCACUUGGUUACCUGGAGAGGCUUAGCAGAACUCCAAGCACAAAACCAACGUCUUAUUUCAAUUGCACGGGAUCUUGCUAGCCAGCUAGAAAAACACGAAUCUUCUGAAGCAGAAACUGAGAAAAAUAUCGCCAAUCUUUCUACUCGCAUAGAUUCUCUUCAAGGCGAAGUGGAUCUAGCCAGACUAGCAGCCAAGGAGGCGCGCAGUGAGGCCUCCGUUGCUGUAUCACAACGUAAUACAUAUCGCCAACUACUAGAAGAACAUGGGAUUGAAGUGGCGGCCAUGGCUAGCCUUCCUGGCUCUGACACGGAGGUUUCAGGGGACAAUCUUAAAGGCGCAGAUAUUUCUCACUCAGACUCCUUUACUUCAGAACAUAAACAAAGUAGCCUUCGUGGUGGCCAAAAUUCUCCAGUCGCAUCCAGACUUGCCGUAGAUCGCCUGGAGGAUACAAUUUCCUCUCUUCGAACUGAGUUCCAGCGAUAUCGUAAGGACAAAUCCGAAUCUGAUCAAGUCUAUACUUCCACAAUCGAUCAGCUGCGAAAAGAGUCAAAUGAUGCGAGGAUUCUCAAUCAAAAGCUCUCCUCGCAAUUACCAUAA